AUGUCUCUUGCUGUUUCAUACGCUAACGUAGCUGCCAAGGGUAGUGAACCCACGACAAACGAAUCGACGGCUAGCCCCGAUCUCGAGCAAAUAGAGAAGGUCGCCUCCACCUCCACCUCCACUGAAGCUGAAGCAGUCGUUUCCACUGAAGGUGAAUCUAGUUCGACCUCUCAAUCGACCACCGAAGGAUUAGCCGAUGAAGGUGCCUCAGAAUCGAAUUCUGGAUCUUCACCUACCGCUUCCAGUGCUGGAGCCUCCGCUUCUUCACCUGCCGCUGGCGAGUCCAAAUCCAAGAAAUCUCUCGCCCCUGCUCCUGUGCCCGCCAAGUCCGCUUGGGGUGCUUCUUCGUCAUCCUCGUCAUCCACUACUUCCACCUCUGCAUCAGUUGACGAGAAUAAGUGGCCCACUCCUGAUAAGGUCAGCGUAAGUGGUCCAACAUCCGUGCACCCACAGAAAUUCAUCAAGCCCAUCACCAACAAAUGGGUACCAAUCAACGCCAAAGUUGUAUUGCCAAGCCCAAAGAGUGCUGCUAAAGUCCAAAAUAGAAAUAGAAAGAAUAAGAAGACCCAGCCAAAGAAAGUUGGUGGUGCUAUAAGCAAAAAGAAGACUGACGAAGAGGAAGCGCAAGCAUCUGCUGGAACGUCAGCUAAUGCUGUCCCAGCACUGAGUGCUGCAGGUUCAGCUACUGAAGGUUCAUCUGCACCAGCUGUAACAUCUACCGAUAGCAAUGGAUCCAGCUCUGGGGGUAAAGGCUUCAGAAAGUUCAACGGAAGCGCUAAUGGAUCCGCUCCAUUUGUCCCAAGAUUCACUCCACAACAGGGUCAAGUCAAUGGACAAAUAAAUGCACAACAGGUUCAAGGAAACGGUCAAAACGGUCAAUUCUUUCACCCUCAACCAUUCAACCCAAACUACUAUAACCAGAACCGUCAGUUUAGACCAAGAGUCCAACAAGGACAAGGACAAGGACAAAAUGGAUUCCGUCCUCACCAUCAACAACAACAUCAACAAAGAAAUUUCCGUCCAAAUGGUCAAGGCUACCCAAUGGACCCAAGUGCAAACGGAGUUUUUAUUCCACAGGUUCAAAUCCCACCACCAAUUUCUCCAAAGCAAGAUCCACAACAAGCAUUAAUUCAACAAAUUGAUUAUUAUUUCUCUCUUGAGAACUUGAUACGUGAUAUUUACUUGAGGAAGAACAUGUUGGAAGAUGGAGGAUGGGUACCAUUACUGUUGAUUUUAGAAUUCAAGAGAGUUAAGAUUAUCAUCAACGGAAUUCAAAACAGUUCUGAGGAAGGUGUCGACUCCAGUGCGAUCAUAUUGGAUUCAGUAUCCAAGUGCGGUAAUUUAGAUGUUAGAUAUAUUAACGGGAAGAGUCAAGAAGAUAGUAAGAUUGAAGAUGUUGAGUUGAGAGUGAAGGACAACUACGAACAGUGGUUAUUACCCCAACAAUAG